AUGUGUGUGUGAAGAUAAUGUUACUCUUUUUAAGUAGAGGUCUUGAAGCUCUCAAUUUCUUGUUCUUCCUCCACAGUUUUUCUCCAGAUUAUCAGAAAUUUGCCAGGAAAAUUCUGGGGAGGAUUGUCAUUGUUCUUGUGUUUUGGAUCUGUUUCAAGGAAUUCUAUGGAAUUGGAUUGAUUUCUUUGUUUUUCUCAGAAAAUUUGGAUUGUUCUUGUUGUUGAAGACUUGGGGGUGUUUUGUAUUUGGUUUAAUUGGGUGUUUUUUUUUGUGAUUAUCUAUGGAAGGUGGUCGUCGGAGAAUUACGCUUUACGAUCGGAUGUUAGCGGUGGGCGACGGCAGAGAGGUCACUGGUGGUUUGACCCUGAACGACGUUUUGACCGUUCAUAAGCGAGCCUCGCCGAACCCCUCGCCGGAGGUGAGACUAAACGGGAGGACUUUGCUCGAUAUUUUAAGAGACGACGUUGGGAAGUCCCCUGCUGCUGGUAAUAGAGAGAGGAAAUCUUGGAAGUUUUUGAGAGAUCGACUUCGUUUGAAUCUAAGAUCUCAAAUUCCGCCGCCGAAUUCGCUUCGUUUUGCGGUUUUUUCGUCGGCGGAGAUGACGUCGAACGAAGAGCAAUCGCCGGAAUCCACUACUCCUGUCGUCGCUGCUGCUGUUCCGGUUCUCCGGCAAAUUUCACGGCGGAAUUCGACGCGGUUAAGCCAGAACAUUCCGACGUCUCCCGAGGCUACAAAUUCCGGCGAAUCACCCGAGAACAACAACUCCGACUCGACCAUCGCCGGCACUGGCAGUCGGAGUAGCCGGAGUCUCCUCAGGCCGCAAAUGUCGCGGCGCAACUCUACGAGACGCUCACUUGAACGGAGCGAGAGUUUCACGGACUUGACGGAGCCGGUGCAUGAAGGCACGCGCCGCCUCUCGGCUGCACUGGCAAUGGAGAGAUCAAUGUCGGCUAGAGAAACGGUGGCGACCCAAGAGGCAGCCGACGCAGAAACCACCGCCAACGAAGACGAUGAAGAAGCAGACUCCACGGCGGUGGAGACGGCGGCGCCGGUGAGAAUGUCACUAAUGGAUCUCUUAGAAGAGACGGACAGGCAAAUGGGGUUCGAAGGGUCAAGAUACAAAAUAGAAGACGAAGUAGAAGAAGAAGAAGAAGAAGAAGAAGAGGAUGAAGAAAAGGAAGACGAAGUCGCCGUCGUGGGCGGCGGGUCGGAACAGAAGUGCUGCGUGUGCAUGGUCCGUCAUAAAGGGGCGGCAUUUAUCCCCUGCGGUCACACCUUUUGUAGGCUCUGUUCAAGAGAACUUCUGGUCAGUAGAGGCAACUGUCCACUUUGCAAUGGCUUCAUUUUGGAGAUUCUCGACAUUUUCUAAUUUUCCCAAUUUUUCUAAGCUUUUUUUCUUCAACCUGUCACAUAUUUUAGCUCAAUUGAUUACAACUUUUACUCUACUAAGAAGUUAAAUAUCGGAAUCUCGAC